ACACCGAUUGUCUUUGACAAUUGACAUAAGGCAACCCUUCCAAAUAUUAGAUUUUUAUUUAUUUAUAUAUUUGUGAUAUUCAUCUCAACAUUUGUAAUUCCAAUCAAACUAGUAAAUCGAAUGCAAUAGUCAAUUAACGUAGUUCAAUUCAGGCACGUGAACGUCGAUGUCACGCUGUGAACGUCACAAUUAAAAUAACUCCGCCAUGUUGAUUUCGUGCUCUCAAAAUAAGAAGUGUAGUGUCAUCACAAUCAGCUAAAGCGAUUAAAUACUGGUAGAAAAGGUAUUUCAUUCAAAAUUUCCGUUUUGCGUUUUGUCAUUCCUCGCCCGAAAUAUAUCUGGUGGACUAUAGGUUGAUGAACGUACGGCCGUUCCCAACUCUAAGUGGCAGCAAACUACUCGGAUCUAACAGCAUCAGCAGUGGCAAGCAAACCUCAAAAUGAGGCGGAACUCUCACGACAUGCAAGUCAACGUGGCCGGUCUGCGCCGUAACCUGAAGAACUUCGCGCACAACUACUCGGAUGCGCAGAAGAAGGUGCGCGAAGCCACAUCGAACGAUCCGUGGGGCCCGAGCAGCACGAUCAUGGCCGAGAUCGCCGACCUCACGUAUAACGUGGUCGCCUUCAGCGAGAUCAUGCAGAUGGUGUGGAAGAGGCUGAACGACCACGGCAGGAACUGGAGGCACGUCUACAAGGCGCUCGUCCUGCUCGAGUACCUCAUCAAGACCGGCUCGGAGAAGGUGGGGCAGCAGUGCAAGGAGAACAUCUUCGCGAUACAGACGCUCAAGGAUUUUCAGUAUCUGGAGGAAGGUAAAGAUCAAGGACUGAACGUAAGGGAGAAAGCCAAGCAACUGGUCAAUUUAUUAAAAGAUGACGAGAGACUGAAAAACGAGCGAGCGCGAGCCUUGAAGGCGAAAGAACGCUUCGCCCAGAGCGCCAGCGGUUUCGGAAGCGACGGAGGCCUGGACACCCCCAGCAGCCCGAAAUUCCCCGCGUUGCGGGGCGACUGGAGCAGCAGAGAUACAAUAGAUUUGCCGCGAGAAAUAGAAAUUGCGAGGCCUCAAACGGCGGGCGAGGAAGAACUACAACUUCAACUCGCUCUAGCAAUGUCUCGAGAAGAGGCGGAGCAGGAGGAGCAGAAGAGGAAAUCCGACGACGUCCGCCUGCAGUUGGCAUUGAGCCAAAGUCAGCAGGAUUUCAAGAGUACGCAGCAGGAUAAGUCACAGAGCCACAUGGUGGAUUUGUUGGAUGUGAAUUUGGUAGACGCGUCGCGGGCUGAUCCUUGGGGAAUGCCUCAACCUCCGAGGCCGCAGUCUUUGGAUCUGAAUAUAUUCGGGUUCUACCCGUCUACGUCAUCUCCUUGGCAUCCGUCAUCUGUACCCUCUCCCCCCGACGUUCCCACUCUAGCCGACCCGUGGGCCCCUCCUGGUGGUGGAGCCUCUUCGCAGAGGCCGGAUCCUUGGGGGCCGCUUCCCGUAGCCGCCGCUUCCCCGGUGCCUCUCUCGGGGGCAACGCAUUCGACGCCCGCCAAGCACGACCCCUGGUCUCCGACUAGCCAGAGCUCCACCGAUUUGGAUGAGUUCGAUGUGAUCACCAACAGGAACAGAACGGCUUCGCCGAAGACGAAUGGGGCCAGUGAGGUACGAGUUUCCGAUCCUUUCGAAUUGAAUCUAUUAGGAGACGUGUUGCCUCAGGACGACGGAGCGAUGGCUGCCGCUAAGAAGACUCCUCUGAGUUUUCUAGGAGAAAACUCUGCCUUGGUCAAUUUAGAUAAUUUAGUGACAAGUAAACCAGCAAACCCAACUCUGCUCGCUAACCCUUUCUCCGAUCCCGCUGCUGCUGCAAGUCCCUCGAGGCCUGUCUUCAACACUCCGCCUCCGAAACCUUCCAUCAACGAAAUCAAGCAGCAGACGUUCGCCCCUUUCGUCGCCCCGUCAACGACUACUACGGGCUUCGUCCCUCCACCGAUAGGUUUGAAUCCGACAGUACCGUCCUCUUUCGGGGGUUUCCCCCAACAACAGGUUGGCCAACCGUUCGGUGGUAGCAACGGCAGUGCCUUCGGAGCCGCAAAUGUCACGCAGGAUCCUUGGGCGCCUGUUCCUAGUAUGAAUGGUACCAAUUCACCUUGGAUGACGAAGCCUAGCGAACCUGCUAAUCCUUUCUUGUCCUAACAUAGCGCUGGGUGCAGAUUGGUGCUCCAGUCGAUAAGUGGAUCUGGGAAUAAUUUCAUCCUGAUAAAAAGGACGAAGGCGGCCGGUGCAAAAUAUAAUAGUUGCUUUUUAUGUUUGAUAACACUUUUUACCGAGGAUUUCUCAUACAAUUUGGAUGUUUUUCAAAUGCGACAUAUACAUAUAUAUUUUUAUAAUGGAUGGAGUGCUUUGCUUGCGGAAGCGUCUCGUAUAUUCGUUUUUUAAUUGGAUAUUUGCUCAUUUACCUUGUAUUUUUUACGAGAGACUUCCUGCAGAUAUAUAUAUAUAUAUUAUACACAUAUCUAUAUUUAUAUUGAAUUCGUUAUUGGGAAAUACAUUUAUUUUGAUUGUUUGAAGCUUGCUAUCGGUGUUCAAAUCACUGAACAGACUGAGCUUACGCGGACAUAGUAAAUGUUUGAGCACGCAUUAAACGGCAUGGGGUCGAAGCGAGAUGUGAAUCUGUGGGUGAUGGCUAAAGCCAGGCUACGGUAGGUGUGGAUCGAUCUUUCAAAUACUCUUUUCUAUAUAAUUUACAAACCACAAUUGUUUUUUUGUGAUGGGCAGACUCAGGUUUAUAAUUUGUUUGAGACAUGUUUUAUUCGAAAGUAAUUUUUUGUCGGAGGGAAGUCUUAUCUGCCCUCACAUUUCAUUCUCGAGGCAUCGUUCACUCUCAUUGUAGCUCUGAAGCUUAGACAUCAACUUCACUCUCGGUCACUGCUCGUGUUUUGAGGAAUUGUUAUGAAUUUUUGCGCUUGAAAAAUAUAUUUUGAAUGAAGAACUUUUACUGCGAAGUUGAGUACAGAAGAUGUUUUCAUGGGGUGUCGAAGGGAUGGAUGUUGGAUUCAAAAGAAAAUGAAUAGUUGAAUAACUUUUUCAUUUCAAUGGUAUUAUGGAAGUGUUCGAUAAUCCUCUGUGGUUUUGUGGAAUGUUUUGCCAGCUCACAUAAUGGGGAAUGU